CCAGCUUUCCCACUCCACUAUAUAUUAAAGAAUUAACCUUUGCUCCCAGUCUUUUCCAAUCCCCACACCCGCCCUUUUUAGUCCCACAUCGCUCGCUCGUUCCUACCACCGCUAGCUCCUUCUCCUCCCUCCUCUUACUCCUCGUAAUGGCCAAACGCUUCCGUCUCCGGCUAUCCCGCGUUAUCCCCUCUUUCCAGAGCUGCCGCUCUAAAGAUGACGCUGGCGUCACAGUUACCAACGCAGCCUUCCGUCUCUGCCCCGUUAACCGGAAAGCCUUUGACAUCGAUUUCCCUCCGCCGCCAACGCCCGGCCCCUCUCCGUCCUUCCUCCGCCGCCCCCACCCCCCGGUCGUCUCCGGCCUCGCUUGCGGCUGCCUCCCCUCCCGCCGCGGCUGCCAUUUCUUCCCCGCCGACGACGGGGAGACCCCGCCGUACCUCUGGCGGAAGGAGGAGAAGUGGCCCGUCGUUGCCUAUGCCGACGGCGACGGUGGUGACCGUUACGAUUUCCCUUCCUCCCCCCGCCGGAAGAUCGACUCCGACGACGGCUGCGACAUCCUCUUGCCGGCGGCGAUGGCCAAGGCGAGGCGGAGGGAGGCGAAGCUCCGCCGCAGGAGGCGUCGGGGAGAGACGAAAAGAUCAUCGCGAUCCCGAGCGCGGGUGAGCACCUCCUCGGCCGUGAGCGGGUGGUUCAGCAGCGAGGGGGACGGGGAGAACGACGAGCGGGAGGGCGAUUUUUUCGACGAGGAGGAAGACGACGGCGAGACGGAGAAGCUGGUCUCGUCGACGGACUGCUCGUCGCAUAACGUGCUCCAGCGGAGAAGGAUUACGAGGCGGCGGAGGAGGCGGUUGGUAAAGUGCUACCCGUCGCCGGAGAGAACUGCAGCAGCGGUACUGCGGAGCCUGGUGCCUUGCGGGGCGGCUGCGACGGCGGCGGCGGAGGGGAAGGUUAGAGAGAGCUUCGCGGUGGUGAAGCGGUCGGAGGACCCGCGGGCGGACUUCCGGCGGUCGAUGGCGGAGAUGGUGGUGGAAAAGGAGAUUUACGAUGCCGGCGACCUGGAGCAGCUGCUGCUCUGCUUCCUGUCGCUCAACUUGCGGCACCACCACAGGGCCAUCGUCGCGGCCUUCUCGGAUAUCUGGGAGGCGCUCUUCCCCGUCACCGCCACUGCCGCCGCUGCCCCGGCUGUUUCUAAAAAUUAGGUUUUUUGAUAAAAUUCCUAAAAAUUAGUUAGAGAUAGUGAAAUGUUCUUAUCAUUCGAGUUUGUAUAUGUAUGCGUAUUUUGGUCUUAGUGCGUGGGUGAUAUGGAUUGGCUUGCAAGGUACGGUUCUCUGGCCACCAUUCGAUCCGUCUCUUAUGUUGAUUACCACGGUGUUGGUGGUCGAGGUGUAAAUACUUAUACUAAUGAUAAA